CCUAAAAUUCAUUGUCCCUGACAUUUUUCAUUGUGAUUUUUCUCAAUGGUGUUACAAUGCAAAAGGGCUCUGGUGAUAAAAUUUUUGUUGUGGUUUAGUUUCGAAGGUCUUCUCUGCCUUGAGGCUUAUCCACUUUUGGUCGAGUUCAGAAGAACAUGAGGUCAUCUAGACUGGUCAUGGACGCGCUUGUCCUCGGUAGCAUUACCGCUGCUUCACCUUUACUUGCGGAAGACUGCGGGCCUAUUCACUAGUUCGUUAUGUUAAAUACGGGAAUAGCUGGCUUUUGGCCAGGAAAAUGACAGCAAUACGUUUUCAACGAUGACGUGAGAAAAGUUAGGUGCGAAAAACGAAAAUGUGUCAAAGAUGACAUGCAGUAGCGGUUAUGGGAAUGGAUGACGAUGAUCUCGAAUCGAAAGAGAUGGGAGUAGAUACGAAAGGAAGAAAAGUACACAAAAUAAUUCUGAAGUAUCUAUUUUUCCUCCUUUCGCUGGUUUUUGCCGUGGCAUUAAUUGGCGUCGUUACCCAAUACGACUUUUCAUCGCACUCCACGGAGCAUGCACAAGAACUGUCCAAACACCGCACCAGGGAGGAGGGGAAGGUGGAGUUUCAUACCGUUAAUAACAUUGAGAAGUUCCCUCAUAAAGAGCAACGCCUUCCAAAGGAUCUCAAACCAGUUAAUUACAAACUGGAUUUGCGAGUGAAUUUGACAACGCUGAAGUAUAGGGGAAUAGUUAAGACGAGAAUUCUCUGCGAGAAAACAACUCGUUAUGUUAUCCUUCACUGUGGAGACCUAGAAGUUUUGAACGUUUCCGUUACAGAAGUGAACAAUCACGACAUUGCUAUCAACAGAAUCCUUGCUUUCAAGGAAUACCAACAGCUUUGUAUAGAGCUUAAGGGAGAUCUCUCUAAGGGAGAGUCGUAUUUCGUAACUCUUCAGUUUAAGAAUAAGAUUUCUGAUAAACUGGAAGGAUUUUACAAGAGUUGGUACCGCAGUGAAACAGGAGAGAAAAGGCUGUUAGCAGUAUCUCAUUUUGAGCCUGCGCACGCUAGGAAAGCAUUUCCCUGUUUUGACGAGCCCUCUUUUAAAGCGUCCUUUAAUAUAUCCAUAAUUCACGACCCUCAACUCUACGCCCUGUCGAACAUGCCCCGGGCCCGGCUUGUAACCAGAAAAGAUGGACUUGUAGAGGAACAGUUUCUGCCCAGCGUCAAUAUGAGUACAUAUUUAGUCGCGUUUGCAGUGGUUGACUUUAAAUAUAAAGAAAAGAUGACCAGCUCGGGAGUAUUGGUUAGGGUUCAUGCCCCACCUAAUGAUUUUGACCGUUUGGAGUAUGCACUGGAGACUGGUGUUAAAGUGCUGUCUUUUUAUGAAAAGUUGUUCGGAGAGCCCUUCCCUCUCCUCAAACUUGAUCUGUUAGCAGUUCCCGACUUCCUAAAUGGUGCAAUGGAGGAAUGGGGCCUGGUGAUGUUCCGACGUGCUCUGCUUGUGUAUGAUGAACAGUUUACUUCGACCGAUGCCAAAGUGAAAAUGAUUAAGGUUAUAGCGCACGAGCUAGCUCAUCAGUGGUUCGGCAACCUGGUGACGCCAAGAUGGUGGAACGACUUGUGGUUAAACGAGGGAUUUGCUGUCUUUGUCGAGGAUGAAUUUGGAGCUAAUUAUGUGAUGAAGGGCUGGGACAUGCGCGAGACAGUUGUAUCUACCAGCUGGCAGUCUGCCUUACACGGUGACUCUAUGUGGUCCUCUCAUGCAAUCAGCGUUGAAGUUCAGAAACCGGAAGAGAUUGAUGACAUAUUUGACGCCAUAUCCUAUCAGAAGGGUGCGAUGAUUCUCCGUAUGCUCAUGAACUUUCUCGGUGUGGAAAAGUUCUUGAACGGGGUCAAGCGCUACCUAGAGACCUACAAAUAUGGUAAUGCUGAUGCAGAGGAAUUGUGGGAUGCUAUUGGCGAGGCCAGCGGAAAUAUCAACGUGAAAAAAAUUAUGAAAGUGUGGACGGAUCAGAAAGGAUUCCCAAUCGUCAGCAUUCGAAAAAGAGGACAUGUGUUUCAUAUUGAACAAGAAGACGUCCUUGAAAGGCUGAUGAAAGACAAGAAUCAAGAACAAAACAGAAUCUUACUCAUUAACGACAGCGUCUACAAGUGGCUGGAUAAUGGCUAAUAUCAACGCCACGGGGUUCUUCAUGGUAAACUAUGACGAGGAAAACUGGAAAAAACUUGCAUUACAGCUCAGGAAAGAUCACAAGGUGUUUAGUCCAAACGACCGAGCUGGUUUGAUCCAUGAUGUUUUCACUCUUGCUUGUCAAGGUUUGCUAGACCCAGUCCUUGCUUUGAACCUCUCGACAUACCUGGUGCAAGAAAGGCACCCAGUCCCAUGGGCGUUGGUGAGAAGUAAAUCCAAGUGUCUCCUUGGAUUGCUCAGUAAAGCUCAUAAACUUCUGUACAAGAAUUACUUGUGGCACCUUCAGGAUCAUCUUAUCGACCUGGUUGGCAUGGAAGAUACAGGGACUGACCUGGAAAGAUUUUUCAGAUAUGAUGUGCUAUGCGAAGCAAUGAGGAGUGGUCAAAGAAAAGACGUUAGUGAGCGUUUUAUUCAAUUGUUUAGUCAACUGAAGAAAACUCCUCUUGGAAGUCUCCCAGGUGUAGGCCCGAACUUCCGGUACCUGGCUUUCUCAUUUGGAGUAAACAAGUCAAGCGAGGAGGACUGGGACUACCUCUGGUCCGUUUACCAACAGUCGCCUUUUGAUACUGACCGAAAGUUCUUGAUGAGUGUUAUAACGUCAUUCAAUACGAAAAACAUCAGAUUAAGGAAUCUCCUGUUUAGUUUGGAUGAAAACAGAGUUCGUCCGCAAGACAGCUUGUUCUGGAUAGAAAUGAUGGGCAAAGGGCUCGGUAAGACGGACGAUAGAUGGGAUUUUAUACUCAAACACUGGAAAACUCUUGCAAGAAGAUAUGCUGGAAGCUACAAGUUUGGUAACCUCAUUAAAGCGGUGGCUGGAAGUUUCCACACAAAAGAUCAGCUGAAAUUGGUCAAGAAAACCUUUCAAUCCUUAAAUCUCGGGGAAAUCGCUAUCAGAGCUCAAAGCCAGACCGUGGAGAAAAUACAACACAACAUUGCUGGUAACCCUGCGCAUCUUAAGAAAAACGAAGGAAGAAUAGUCAGAUGGCUGAAAGACUACAAACGAGCCUCAUGAAGGGACGUCAGUGGGACCCUUGUGGUUGGAAAGGUCCUUGAAGCGAAAGGGGUACACUUGUUGAGUUUGUCCGAGACUAUAGUGACAGCGACAGAUGUGUUAUAAGAAGACUCGCAGCUUCUGGCAUAUAUCACAUUUUCCCUUCUGGGGGAUUCCUAUUUGUGCUAAAAGAUUUCUUGGGCAAAGAAAGUUGUUUUCGAGAUCGGAAACAGACCUUCGUUGAUGAGUCUGAGGACGUUCAGGUACAAGCGAGGUUCAAAUCCAUGGUGGAGUGUUUGAUCCCAGACCAAAGUUGCCGGAGGGGAGGGGAGGGGAUAGAAAUAUUUUACCGGUAUUACCAUUGUUGUUGGUGGGAAUAUCCACCUAAUAUUCCCAAGCUAUCUAAAAAAAACUUUACCAAAAAGAAAGAUAAAACAUUUAUGGAUAUCGUUAAGCUACUGUUCUCCAUUCGUAAUUAAAAUUUAUUUGUCAAUAAUUCCACUACGUGCAACUCAAGUUUGCCACUACAUACAUAAUACCCAUCCAUACAGCAGGAAAAUCAGUCUUGGCUCUGUCAGCGGUACACCGCAGUAAAACAUUUAUCUGAGAGAAAUUUCCUCUGUAAAAUUGUUGACCUUUUGUUUGUUUCCUCACCAUGCUGAGCCAAUUAUUGUCCAUUCAUUCUUUUUAUCUUGCCUUGGUUCGUUUCGUCGUUUUUGCUUCGUCCGUUUGUCAAGAACUUGUUGCAUUUGCUCGUCCAUUCUGUCGUUUGUUUGAGCUAUACUUCGUUUGUUUGGGCUUUGGCUCGUUGCCUCAUUUUUGCCUCCUUCGUUUCGUUCUUUCUGUCGUUUAUUCUUUUGCCAGUUCGUUCACUCCAACCGUCUGUCGCUAUUCAAACGCCUGCAAGCUCUUUCUUUUAGUAUACUUUCAUGUUUUGGUUGGUCGGUGGUUGUCAAAUGCAAAAUAGCUGACCUGCGUGGGUAUAAUUUUCAGUCACAGCACGAAAGAUGUUCCAUUCCAAAAAGCUAACAAAACAACUUUUAUUAGCAUGAACAGUUAAAUAUAACUGGCUAUUGCCACAAUUAGCGCAGAGUUUAUUCUCUCGGCUGUCUUUUGCGGCAUAUAUCUUUUGAGGCAUAUAUAGUAUUUGAGACAUUUGCCACGAGUGUGAUACAAAGAGAAUGAUUUAUGAGUUAUUAUUCUUUAUGAAUCUUCUUUUCUUCCAAACACGCCUCUGGCAAAAGCUUGAAGUCAGUGUGGCAAGAAUGUAAGCAAAACAGUGACCUUACAAGAGUUUUGAUUCAGCCGACACUUAUGACUGGUUUUGUUUUGUGAAUGAUAAUUCUAAAGGUGUCAGUAUUUGCCGUAAUUUUACCCGACAAAAGCAAAUCAUAAUUUGAAAGAACUAGAGAAAACCGAUUUGAUACGCGCAAAUAAUUUGGUAAGUCUCUCAAGCCUCCUGACCCCUAGUGAUUUACAUGUAAAUUCCCCUUACAAUUUCACUUCAUUAUUCAAGAAACAGAAGCUAAGAAACGACAACCUUAACAGCCGGGGAGGGUAAUCUUGAUUUUGUACCAGACUCUCCAGAGAUUAAAAAGCUCUAACUCAGAUAUUUAUUACCAAAUUUGAAGUAGUUUGUCUGUAGUUAAUUGAGUUUAGUGCAUUCAGGAUUACCAACACUUUGAUGUUUUAUAAAC